CCCGCCCCCAGGGCUCCGAGUGGUCCUUACCGCCCGCGGCUCACAGCCGGGCUCCCGCGGCAGCUGCAGCAGGUUUUGCUCGUCUAGGGAAGAAGAACCGCGGGCUCCCUAGGAGUCAGUCAGUCAGUUCCUGACUCCACUCUGGAAGGAGCUAGGAACGCGCUGGGCGAGCAAAACCAGACACCACCGGCUUCUGACGACAAGCGUUACCAGAGUCGUGAGUCCUGAACUUCAAGUGAGCGGUGCCGGGGAAGGACAGGCGGGGUCGCCGUCCGCAGCGCCAUGGCCGCGCCCGCCCGCCGGCUGUGCCACAUCGCCUUCCACGUGCCGGCAGGGCAGCCACUCGCCCGCGACCUGCAGCGGCUCUUCGGCUUCCAGCCUCUGGCGCUCCGGGAGGCGGGUGGCUGGAGGCAGCUGGCGCUGCGCAGCCGCCACACGGUCUUCCUGGUGAACGAGGGCGCGGGGCCCGGGGAGCCCCUGUACGGCCUGGACCCGCACCAUGCUGUGCCCAGCGCCACCAACUUGUGCUUUGAGGUGGCGGACGCGGGCGCUGCCGCCCGGGCGCUGGCCGCACGGGGUUGCAACGUGCGGGUUCCCCCGGUGAGCGUGCGGGAUGCGCAGGGCGCCGCCACCUACACGGUGAUCAGCUCUCCAGCCGGCACCCUCAGCCUGACGCUGUUGGAGCUUGCCGGCCCCUGUGGGCCCUUCCUGCCCGGCUUCAAGCCUGUGUCCUCGGCAGCUAGCCCGGGCUGGGUCAGCCACGUGGACCACCUAACCCUGGCCUGCAUCCCCGGCAGCUCCCCGACACUGGUGCGCUGGUUCCACGACUGCCUGGGCUUUCAGCACCUGCCACUGAGUCCAGGGGAGGAUCCGGAGCUGGGCCUCGAGGUGCCCGUCAAGUCCGGGCGCGGAGGACUGAGGCUCACCGCUUUGCAAACCCCACUUGGCAGCGCUGUUCCCACUCUCGUGCUUGCUGAGUCCCUCCCCGGGGGCGUCUCAGGACAGGACCAAGUGGAGCAGUUCCUGGCCCGGCACGGGGGACCAGGGCUGCAGCAUGUGGGACUUUAUACAUCGAACAUCCUGGAAGCCGCAGAGGGAGUGGCGGGGGCAGGAGGCCAGUUUCUGAAUCCCCCUGAAGCUUACUACCGGCAGCCUGGCAAGGAAAAACAGAUCCUGGCUGCAGGGCAUGAGCCCAGCCUACUGGCCAGACAGGGGAUCCUGCUAGAUGGUGAUAAAGGCAAGUUUUUGCUUCAGGUCUUCACCAAAUCUCUCUUUGCGGAGGACACUUUCUUCCUAGAGCUGAUUCAGAGGCAGGGGGCUACAGGCUUUGGCCAGGGCAACAUCCGGGCCCUGUGGCAGUCUGUACAAGAGGAAGCUGCCAGGAGCCAAGAAGCUUGAGCUGUGUGCAGUCACCUCUUUUGGAGUUGUAGGGACUGCAACACAGGAACUAAGGACACCUACAGGCCCAGAGCUAAGAAUUCCCAGGGGCCAGGUGUAGCCUCAUUUCACCAGCACCUGCCAGAAAUUGACUUUCUUGCAGUGAGCCAGAAUGGGAGUUCUUUUUUUUUAACUAUGAACAUUAGAGCCUAAAUCUAAAUAAUAAUAUGCUAGGUACAAAGAUUAAGGAAAUUAUAACUAGGAAAUAGAACAUAAGCAAUACUUUAGUCUCCUUGUGUCUUUUUUUGAUCCUGUAUCUCUCUACUCACCCCCAAUUUUAUGGCUAUGAGCACCCUACUUUUGUGUAUUGAUUCAUGACAAAUAUACCCUUAAAUAAAAUGUUUAGGAAAUAAGUAAGUUUAGUACUUGAGGUGGGAAUUUAAGAACAAACCCAUCCCUGUGUUUCCCUUCUUCCUAUGAAGCAGCCACUGCAGGUGGGGAGGGGCUCGCUUCCUGGGCCUGAGCCUAACCACCUGCUCUAGGAUGGCGUUGUUCCAAUCAAUGGACCAGGGUGUUAGGUAUCAGCCUCUGGCAGGGGCUUCCUGCAGCUGCUUUCUCUGGACUGGGGAAAGACACUGCUCUGGACAGAACAUACCCCCUCCUCUAGCUGCCCAGAACAGGUUGGGGAUUCCACCAUU